AUGUCUGCCGGGUUUUCCGAUUUUGAUUCUGGUCACCGCGAUUUGGUGACCGUGACCAAGUUCAACUUCUAUGGCAAUCGCAUAGUUACAGCUUCAUCAGACCACCGCAUGCAGGUCUGGGACCAGAAGGACGGUGAAUGGCAGUUGACUGACACCUGGCGAGCACAUGAUGCGGAGAUUCGUGAUGCAACAUGGAAUGGGCCUUUCACUGGCCAGCAUAUUGGCAGUGUGGGUGAGGACAUGAAAUUAAAAAUAUGGCAGGAAGAUGUCACUCAGCCUCCAAAUUCUGGUCGGCGUUUCAGGUCUAUCUUCCGUCUGAUGGCGCCACAACGACAUCCAUAUGUCUCGGUUGACUUCCGCAACAUUGACUUGGAAACUUGGCUUGCUGUAAUAACGCGUGAUGGCUUCUUGAGGGUCAUGGAGCCUGUCAGUCCAGACUCGCUUGCGGACUGGCAACCCGUCGAUGAAUUCCGGGUUUGCAGCCCACCCCAAAGGGGAGAGGAGACGAGCUUCAAAGUGCAGUUUCACCACGACCCUACAGACAUCACUCACUCCAUUCUGCCCUCCUGGGACCGCAAGAGCCUGUCCCUUGUUGUUGCAGCUAUGGACAGCGUGAAAAUCUUCCGCACUGAUGCAAACCGUCGUUUCUACCAUGCAAUAGAAUUAACAGGGCAUGGGGGCUUGGUUAGAGACAUAUCCUGGGCCAAUGGCUCUGUCCGGGGUUAUGAUCUCAUUGCUAGCGGGUGCAAGGACGGCUUUGUCCGAGUUUUCGAAGUCUAUACCUCUCUUUCCUCUAGCACUUCCCGGGACUCCGACCGACAUCAUACACAGUCUUUAACGGCAUCUCAGUCUUCCCGUACAACAGCACAGUCAGGAAUAGGCUCUGCUCUUGCAAGUCGUGCGCCUAUGUCCAUAAACAACAGACCCGCAACUGGUGACUCCCCAUUCAAACAUUCUUUCAAGGAAGUCGCAUGCAUCGACAGCAAGCAUCUCGACGUAUGGCAGGUCGGAUUUUCCUACGCUGGUGAUUGCCUGAUUUCUUCAGGGGACGAUGGUGUUGUUAGGUUCUGGAAGAAAGCUUUAUCUGGGGAAUGGCUCGAGUAUGCAGAGACAGAAAUGGCUGACCAGGAAAACAAAUGA